AUGCCGUCGCCAGCGGCGCCGGAGGCGCAGAACCGGCGCACGGCGGCGCUCAUCCGCGGCACAAAUACACUUCCAACCGACAUACACAACACACACGACGACAGACUCAGGAAAUACGUCUUUAUUGCUGCCGGGGCGAAAAGCGAGUUGGAUUGCAGUCACGAAAAAAAGAAGAGAAUUGAAUGGGGGACGGCGACUGGCGGAGGGCCUCUGUACAUCAUAUUUACAGUGUUAAAGGGGGGAUUCAGUUGGUUCGGUCGGUACUGGCUGGUGAGUCUUUCUGACCUAAUAAUAGCAUCUGAAACUCUAGAUCUCAAAAAAAAACUUCUGUACUGA